AUUUGUUUUAAAAAGUUUGUCCCUGAUAGGGCUUAAUCAUGUCAUGUCUUUUAUGUUAAAAUCUUUGAGUGUAUAGGUCCCGGGGAAAGGGUUGUGCGGAUCUUCAUCUUGAGCUGCAGCAAAGGAGUCGUCCAAAAAGUCCACUGGGAAGUUGGAUGAAGAGGGCAUGGAAAUAGCUGUUUGUCGCCACGGAGUCCUAGCUGCAUUGAACAUGUUUCGAGGGGAGAUCUUUGCUUACCCCCUUUUUCUCCAGAGGAAGUUGGCAGCUAAUGUCCCAGGACAUAUUACGUUCCUUUGCUCUGAUGUGGCCUGUAAAUAUUUCCCCUAUUUAACCAAGGUGGCUCAGCAGUGCCCUGAGCUGAGGAACCUCUUGUCAAUGCGUCCUUUUCUCUCCGUCAUGCAUGCAAAGGCUCACACUUGGAAAUGCGAGAUCAAAUGGGGAGGUGCGUUUCAGGAUGGGGCCGGUUCAACAGUUGGAGAAGAGGUGGAAAAAGUAAACAGUUUCCUGUCUAGGGCGGCCAUCACAACGAAGGCGAACAGACAUGCUGACCCUCCUGGCUUUGGGGUGGAACAAAAGGAAAGUGGAACAACUGGGCCGCACUUUGAGCCAGAGAUAUCUAAAGCUAAUAAAGCAUCUUCGAACAGCAGAGUUUAAACAUUUCGUUGUGUUCGGGAAGCCCCCGACCAUCGACAGACUGAGAGAGACCAGAAAGAAAACCAAAAUUAUAUCAGGCAAAGACGACAAGGACUCCAGCAAACCCUUCAUGGUAAAAACUUAUUCUUUAACUUCAAACUUUGACAUUUGUAGUUUAGAUUUGAAGAGCUUAAUACAGAGUCCUUUUGGUGACACUGACAGGGAAAUACUACUGUGUAGUGUGGGAUUAUAAUAUUACCUUAUGCCAUGUUA